AUGCCUAUCAUUAACGGACAAAAGAUGGCCUGUGAGCCAUGUAUACGAGGGCAUCGAUCAACAAAAUGCGCGCAUUUGGGGGAUCGUAUGCUGUUACCUGUGCGAAAGCCGGGUCGACCGCUGAGCACCUGUCCUCAUCCGCCAGGCAAGUCGUGCCAAUGUCGGAAUGUAACGGCUGCGCUCCCUAAAGGAGGCUCAUGUCGAUGCGGUGGAAGUCCGCCUAGCAAGACUAACGGCACGCCGGCCAUCGUCAAGGCAGAGCCAUCAGAUAAUCCGCCGCUAUCGCCUACGAAACAAGCAUCAUUUCGAAUUCAGAAGCCGACAGCAAAGCCAAACCGAAAACAGUCUACUGAUGCUUCCGCUUCCGCUCUACAGCGCAUGAACGCUAACAGUCUGAACUUGAUUGGCGCGAGUAGUGGUUUACCGGCAUCUCCCGCGAAUGUUAUCGCUUCUUCCGCCGAUUAUACGAAUUACAUCCCGCCCUUACAAAAUGGCAGUCACCAGUAUCCCUCAUAUCCGCAGAUAGCUUCUCACCGCGGACUGGGAGGCCACCGACGUCAUUCGAAUCAUAAGCGAACGCGUGGGGAAGACGAGCACGAGCCAGAUGACGUGAAACGUGUCAAGCAGAGAUACGACGAUUAUGAGAGGGGGAGUGGAAGUAGACACGAGCACCGAUAUGAUGACCAUCGACAUUCUAGACGAGAACAUCGUACCAACUCUAUCCCUUUCGAGCGCUCACCUUCGACGUCUUCAGCACGACGCCACCAUCAUACGCCUAAUCACCACCACCAUCAUAGGCGCCACCGCUCUUCGACCCCUGCCACCCAUACCCAAAGCGAGCUCCCACUAGGCGCGAGGCCUUUAGUCCGCUCCGAUCUCAAGACCUUCAAGCCUCUAUUUGCGCAAUACCUCGAGGUGCAGAAAUGCAAGGACAUCGCGGCGCUGGACGAGAGGGAAGUUAAGGGUCGCUGGAAGAGCUUUGUCGGCAAGUGGAACCGUGGGGAGCUGGCUGAGGGUUGGUAUAGUCCUGAGACGCUUUCCGAAGCGAAGAAGGCUGGCGCUGGCGCUGGUACACAAUUUUUGGGGGAAGAUAGGAUAGUCUCCGUGACGUCGCCAUCGGAGCGGCCGAGCGGACAGAAUCGCGACAGGCUUGAUGGGGGUAGUGGCUUGAUACUCUCGGGAGGGGAGGAAAAUGAAGAUGAAGACGACGAUGGGUAUGGACCGACUUUACCAGGGUCAGCCCCUGCGCAAAGCUAUACCGGCGAUCAUUCUGAUGCUACCCGCUCUACGCGACACGGCCCAGGUAUACCCAAUCGGCAAGACUUAGACCUACGACGCGAGAACGCAGAAGAGGAGCGUACCCAGCAUAUCUCCGACCUCCGUCUGGCACGAAAAGCCGACCGCACCGAGCAACGUGCGCGCCUCGAAGAACUAGUUCCGCGAGCAGAACCCGGGACGCGGGAGCGGCAGCUGGAGAAGAAACGCGAGGUCAACGAGAAGAUGCGCGGAUUCCGGGACAAGUCGCCCGGGGGUGGCGCGGAGGUCGGCGAAGCAGAGCUCAUGGGUGGUGGAGACUCGGUCGCCGAGUACAAGCGUCUGAAGGCGGUGGCCGAGAGGCGGAAGACGGAGCGGGAAGUCCGGAGAGAGGAGGAGGCUAGGAUUAAGGCUGCGGAGAGGGAGGGUAGGGUUAGGGAGUAUAGGCGCAAGGAGGAUAUUACGAUGGAGGUAUUGAAGAGGAUUGCGAGGGAGAGGUUUGGGUCAGGAUGA